UGUCCAAAACAACCUAACCAGUUACUCUUCAAAGCAUCCGAUAAAAUUGACAGUUCGUAUUACCAAGGGGAGAUUUCCAUCACGCUCAGCUGAUAGUAUUGAGCUAAGAUUAAACUAAUUACCAUAGGUCUAAUCUAAUUAAAUACACUAACCCUUGCCUUCCCGCCAAGUUACUACCUAACACAAAGACAAGGAGGGAAAAAGUUCAACAGAAAAUCCAAAGGCCAAGAAAACAACAAACUACUGGCGUUGAAAACCCUGCGUCGUCUACGGUCUACCUACUAAACCAUCGCUACGCGCAGCUCUCCAAGACUCACUUCACCAACAAUGGCGACCGCGCCGUCGUGCUCCCGUGAUCUGCAAUUGGGUGGAUGGUCAAAGCUUAUCAGUAAACAAGGUUCCAGCCAAUCCCGGAAAACGUGACAGCUUGGCCUGACUGUAUUAAAUGGUGGACGACGACGAGGAAGAUGACCCCCAAGUCAACCCACAAAAUCUUUUUCCCAUUCAUCCUUUCCUUUUCAAUUGAUGACCUUCGUUCGAUCUAGAAAUGGACAAGCAAGUUCCCCUAUCCAAUUUUAUACUUUUUAUCCAUUGACUCACUUUACAACUACCCAACAAAUCGCGCCAUUGAUGGUCCAUCAAGCUUCAAUCUUUCUCAGAAGGGUUCUCUCCGAUUCGAAUGGGUCGAAUUGGGUUCUUCUUCUUUGCUCUGUUUCUCUUCGCCCAUGUCUCCGAUUCCCUCCCUAACUUGACUUCUUCUUCUUCCCCGCUCUUCCCCAACCAAACCCUCACCUCGCCGAACCAGAUUUUCGAAGUGGGGUUUUUCGCUCCGGAUAACAGCUCGAGAAACCGCUAUUUAGGGGUUCGAUUCAAGCAAACUUAUCCCCAGGCAAUUGUUUGGGUGGCCAAUCGGGGAAACCCAGUGACGGAUUCCGCUGCGAGGCUGAUCGUUAACGCCGGCGGCAAUUUGGAGCUACAAGAUGGGAUGCGGCGUCGUGUUUGGUCAACCAACGUUUCUGCUUCUUCUCCUUCUGCAGCAAUCGCUUCGCUUCAAGAUGACGGGAACUUGGUUUUGAGGGACGGCUCGACGGGGCAGAAUGUGUGGCAGAGCGGCGAUCACUCCGGCGACACGCUCAUCGCCGGAAAAUGGCUGAUGUUCAACGCCAGCAACCCAACGGCUGAACCGUUCCGCCUCAACGCAUGGAAAUCCGCCGCCGAUCCUUCCCCGGGCGAAUUCACGGCCAGUUUCCUCCUCCAAACGCCGCCGCAGGCUACCAUAUGGAGGAAUCAAACGACGUAUUGGAGAUCCGGUCCCUGGGACAAAGCAAGGUUUACCAAUAUCCCAGACAUGGACACCGAUUACCAGAGCUCACUCACGCUCCUUGAUGAUCUUGACCAGGGUUUGGUUUAUCUCUCCUUGAGUCCACCUAGAAACUGCACUUAUACUACAUUUGUACUGUCGUCGUCAGGAUCUCUGGAAUUGAGGUGUUGGGAUAGAACUAGAGGUUGGUAUGCUAGGUGGAGGACUCCUAAAUCCCAGUGUGAGAAUUAUGGUUCAUGUGGGGAGUUUGGUGUCUGUGAGAGGAAUGAUCCUUUGGUUUGCAACUGCUUGAAAGGGUUUGUGCCGAAAUCGGAGGAGGAAUGGAGGCAAGGGAACUGGUCUGGAGGGUGCAUAAGAAGGACCGAGUUGUUAUGUGGGAAGAGUAGCGUGAGUAGUAAUGGAGGAGAUGGGUUUCUGAAGUUGAGUGGAGUGAAUGUCCCUGAUUCUUCAGAGUUCAUGAGGGUUUGGGACGAUGGCGAAUGCUCGAGGCAGUGCUUGAACAACUGUUCAUGCACCGCGUAUUCGUUUGUGAAUGGGAUCGGGUGUUUGAUGUGGAAAGGGAAGGUUGUGGAUUUGCAGGUGCUGCCGUUUGCUGGGCAGGAUUUGUAUCUUCGCCUAGCAAGUACUGAAUUAGAUGAUGAGAAGCAGCAGACUGCAAGGCUGAUUGUUAUACUACCUACUAUUCUGGGAACCCUUGUUAUUGCUGCUUUGGUAUUGGUUUUGGGUUUGGUUAUGUGGAGGAAAAGAAGGGUUAAUACAACAAAGGGUGGAACUGACAACUCGAGUGUACCUUCGAAACGGGUUACAUAUGUGCCAAAGGGCUAUUCAGAGGAGCCGGACGAGUCAUUGGAGCUUCCCAUGUUUGAUUUGGAGAGCAUUGAGAUAGCGACAGACAGUUUCAACACAGACAACUUGCUUGGCCGAGGAGGUUUUGGUCCUGUUUAUAAGGGCAAGCUACCGGAUGGGAAAGUUGUGGCGAUCAAAAGACUCUCGAGCAGCUCGGGACAGGGCGCGAAUGAAUUCAAGAAUGAGAUCAUGUUGAUAUCCAAACUGCAACACAGGAAUCUCGUCAGGCUGCUGGGGUGCUGCAUUGACAAACUGGAAAAGAUCUUGGUCUAUGAGUAUAUGCCCAAGAAAAGCUUGGACAAUUACCUCUUUGAUUCGACAAAGAAGGCAGAGCUGGACUGGCCGACACGUUUCAACAUCAUACACGGGGUUGCUCGAGGGCUUCUGUAUCUCCACCGCGACUCAUGUUUGAGAAUCAUACACAGAGAUUUGAAGGUCAGCAACAUUCUCCUCGACGAGAAGAUGAACCCAAAGAUAUCUGAUUUUGGGCUGGCAAGGAUUUUCGAAGGGACACAGGAUUUGGCUAGUACCCAUAAGGUGGUGGGAACAUUGGGGUACAUGUCACCGGAGUACUUACUGGCUGGGAUGUUCUCGGAGAAAUCUGAUGUGUUCAGCUUCGGAGUUCUCGUGUUGGAAAUAGUCAGUGGCAGGAAAACUACCAGCUUCCAUUACGAAGAGCACCAUCCCAGCCUUCUUUCUUAUGCAUGGCGAUCAUGGGAGAAAAGCUGGGGAGUGGACAUGGCCGACGAGACAGUUGCAGAGUCGAGUAAGCCGUCGGAAGUGAGCAGAUGCAUGAACGUGGGACUGCUCUGCGUGCAAGAUCAUGCUUCUGACAGGCCAACAAUGGCGAGUGUGCUCUCCAUGCUUAGCGGGGAAACGAGUCUUCCGCGGCCGAGCAAACCCACUUACACGUUCCAGAACAAGGCACCGAAUCCUGCGAUCUACAAUGCUCAAUCCUCUUCCAGUGCGGAGAAAUGGUCCAUCAAUGACUUGACUGAAUCUAUUAUCGUUGAAGGGCGAUGAGAACUGACAUGUUGCAACUUGCAAGUAUAUGUAUAUAGGAGGUAGUAUCGAUGUAAGUAUAGAUUAUUGGUACAUUAUUUUUCUAUCAUCCAAUUCUUGAACCAUCAGAAAUCAGAAAUGAUGAUUUUCGUCAAUUGAAAUCAGUGAUCGUAAUCAAUUAGUUAAUCGUCCAUUUGUCAUACUAUCUAAAUUGUCCAAUCAGCAUGUUGAUAUGGUCCAACUCUUUCCAAUCGAUCGUAGAGUUGGACCGAGCCGUAGGUGAGGUACUAAUCGAACUAAUGAUUGCAGUUGUAGCCUGUAAGAGUACAACUCCAACACAAUCAUACUUGUCGUCGUCUUUUGCAGUUAUAUGAUUACAACUUUGUUGUCGACCACUACAACUCAUAAUUAACACGGUGCUAACCCAUUAUAGAGUUAGCACUAUACCCUGUCCUGAGAUAAAAGUGAUUAAUUUGU